ACGUUACCCUCGAAGUCCCUAUCAAAAUAAGCGGAGUCGCCUUGAUUAGUGACAUUCAUGACCCACCCUCACUAACUUUUUACACGAUGGCUUUGUUGGAUUUUCGUUGUCCAGUACCGGACGAUUGGAAAUGGAGGGGAAGCAGGGGAGUAAAGACGCGCUGCCGCCAUUUUGGUGAAGGAUCGUCGAUAAUAAAUAACAGCGGGAUAAAACACCGAGACAUUGAAUCGGUGAGGCAAACAACAACAACACGAGGGUAAAGUUUAUUUAAAAAAAAACCCGUAUCUAGAAUAUUUGGAGAAAGUUAACCUCCACCCUCAAGGAAGGUCAUAGGUCACCUCCGCCCUGUCACGUGGUUUUCCCAGCAGCUGAUCCGUGAAAACCAACAAUUUGUACGAAUCGAGGGAGAAAAAAAAAGCUAUUUGCAGGAGGAAGUAGCCCCGCUAGGACUCAGUCACUGCCUGGCAACUUGCUGAAGGUCACGGGACAUUCCUCGUCGGUUGUCAGGAUUUUCACCUUUUCCUCGACUCCUGAAAUAGCCAAAAAUGUCAGGCAAAGAGAGGAUUGAGAUCUUUCCAUCGCGGAUGGCACAAACUAUAAUGAAGGCCCGUUUAAAAGGUGCUCAGACUGGUCGCAACCUACUAAAGAAAAAGUCUGAUGCCCUUACCCUGCGUUUCAGACAAAUCCUGAAAAAGAUUAUAGAGACUAAGACGCUGAUGGGUGAAGUAAUGAGGGAAGCAGCCUUUUCCUUAGCAGAAGCCAAAUUCACUGCUGGAGACUUCAGCACUACUGUGAUUCAGAAUGUGAACAAGGCACAGGUUAAGGUUCGAGCUAAAAGAGACAAUGUAGCAGGUGUUGUACUACCGGUGUUUGAGCAUUACCAGGAAGGAGGAGACAGUUAUGAGUUGACUGGCCUGGCCAGAGGAGGAGAACAACUGGCUAAACUUAAGAGAAAUUAUGCAAAAGCAGUGGAGCUUCUGGUUGAACUGGCAUCACUGCAGACCUCUUUUGUGACACUGGAUGAAGCUAUUAAAAUUACCAAUAGACGUGUAAAUGCGAUUGAACAUGUGAUAAUUCCUCGGAUUGAGCGCACAUUAUCUUAUAUCAUAACUGAGUUGGAUGAGCGAGAAAGAGAAGAAUUUUAUAGAUUGAAAAAGAUUCAGGAAAAGAAAAAGCAGUUAAAGGAGAAGAGAGAGAAAGAACAGCAAGGUCAGAGAAUAAAAUCUACUAAUGCACCAGCCAACCUACUUGAAGAAGAAAAGGACGAGGACCUGCUGUUUGAUUGAUAUCACUGAGUGGCUUUGGUUGCCUCCAAUUAAAAGUAGCAAGCAUUUUAAGCUUGACUCUUAACACUUGUGAUGUAUAUUUGUCGUAUUUAACUCACGGUUUUUGACCAGCCCACGCAGUUGUGAUUGUCAAGUGAAUGUUGUUUCAUAUAAGUUCACAGGUUUUUACUUCUACAUUUAAAUAAGACAUGAUCACAUUUUGCUGUCAGUGCCUGUAUGGUCAUGAGUUAUUAAAUCACCCAGAUUAUUAAUUGUGUUAGGAAUUGCUCAGAGCCAAUAAAAUACAUUCCAUUGCACAUUUUUGAGCCUAUAUUAGAUGGAUCUUCAAAGUUGAUUGAAUUGUUUGGAAAAUCAUUUCUCCAAUUUCUAAUGUUUGAAUUCCCAUUUAUUGAGUGAUAAACGUUAACUACAGUUGUGAUGCUAUGCCGCUUGCAAUUGAAUGAAAUUAAGUGAAAUGAUUAUACUAUUCAGUAUUGUAUACAGUGACAUUUUUUGUGAAACUUAAUAUUCCAUGAACCUGUUGUCAAUUUAAGUCUGUGCUUUCUUCCUAAAACGGAAUUAAUUUGCCUGUUGUUUGGGAAAGAAGAAUAUGGAUAAACUUGAUAUUUAUUUUGACAAACCACAUCAUAUUCUGCAGCUUAUAGUUUGCUGAAAACAGUCAAAGCCUUGUGUAGCCCAGAUGUGGCAAUUUUUCCUUGUCUAUUGCUUAAUCUGCAUAUUUCCCAGAGUAUUUUCUGAACCAGAAGAUCUACCUGAUCUUUGGCUCGUUAUCAAAUAGUUAUAGCGCCCAUUUUUUCCUUUGCUGAGGCCAAUACUAGUUUUCUUCCAGAUGUCUUAGAAUUGCCCCAAACCUAACUAUAAAAGUAGUCGGUAAUGAUAAUAACUUUUGUUUAUUUCUGUGAUCAGAGGUCAAAAAUGUUCACUUGGCACUAUUAUAAAAUUGAAGACAAUCCAAUAGAUUGCCAUCUUAGGCUUGGAAAAGGAAAGCUGCACAACCUGUUUGGAUGUUAAUGAUUGCUUGUCACCUUUUUGGCUGCUGUAGAUAUGUAAUCUUGCACAGUUGAGACUUGAGGCUUAACUAUGGCUUUGACUAAUUUUGUUGAAGUAAAUGUACUUUGUGCUGUA